AUGUUUGAGACGGCCAGCCUGCCGGAGCACCUGGCAGCGCACGUUGCCGCGAUGGACGAGGUCUGGGUUCCCACUGAGUUCAACCGGGAGAGCUUCGCGUCUGCGGGCGUUGACAAGAGCAAGAUAUUCCUCGUGCCAGAGGUGGGGCGGAUGGCGCAGCGGGGCCAGGGGCUGGGCGUGGCGCGGGAUGCGGUUCCAGGCACGGCUUGGGGCUGGGUGCUGCCAUGGAGGCCCGGCUGA